AAAACCCAGAGAGGCGGGAUGGCCCCUGGAGUGUGCGCAGACCGGGGACUGACUCCAGCCCAGCGUCGUGAGAGCUCGCUGGCCUUGUCCCGGCCCGCCCCGGGUGCCCGGGAGCUCGGGCAGGGUGGAGGCACUUUUCUUUGUCCUCAUCCCAGUCCACUUCGGAGCGGAUGGUGAAGCAACAGGGGACAGCUGGUGUGCCGGACGGUUCUCGGACACUCUCAGGUUGACAUCUUGCCCUGGGCAAAGGCUCCGGCGCUCUCGCCCAACCCCCGCGCGCGGAGCCUGCGGUCGUGGUCCCGCGCCGCUGGAAACCACUCUUCGUCGCAGCAUGGCCACCAGCUCUAGCCAGGACGCCCCGCAGCCGCUGAACCUGUUGUCCACCCAGCAGACCACGCUUCUGCUGCUCCUCUCGGUGCUGGCCGCUGUGCACGUGGGGCAGUGGCUAUUGCGACAGCGACGGAGACAGCCGUGGUCCUCGCCCCCUGGUCCCUUCCCGUGGCCGCUGAUCGGAAAUGCGGCGGCCCUGGGGCGGGCAUCGCACCUGUCCUUUGCGCGCCUGGCGAGGCGCUACGGCGACGUCUUCCAGAUCCGCCUGGGCACCUGUCCCGUGGUGGUGCUGAACGGCGAAAGCGCCAUCCACCAGGCCCUGGUGCAGCAGGGCGCCGUCUUCGCCGACCGGCCACCCUUCGCUUCCUUCCGCGUGGUGUCCGGCGGCCGCAGCAUGGCCUUUGGCCACUACUCGGAGCGCUGGAAGUCGCAGCGGCGCGCGGCCCACGGCACGCUGCGCGCCUUCUCCACGCGCCAGCCGCGCAGCCGCCGGCAGCUCGAGGGCCACGCGCUGGGCGAGGCGCGCGAGCUGGUGGCCGCGCUGGUGCGCCGCAGCGCGGGCGGAGCCUUCCUGGACCCCACGCAGCCGGUCCUGGUGGCGGUGGCCAACGUCAUGAGCGCCGUGUGCUUCGGCUGCCGUUACCGGCACGACGACUCGGAGUUCCUGGAGCUGCUCAGCCACAACGAGGAGUUUGGGCGCACGGUGGGCGCGGGGAGCCUGGUGGACGUGCUGCCCUGGCUGCGGCUCUUCCCCAACCCCGUGCGCACCACCUUCCGCGAGUUCGAGCAGCUCAACCGUAACUUCUGCAACUUCGUCCUGGACAAGUUCCGGAGGCACCGCGAGAGCCUCCCGCCCGGGGCGGUCCCGCGCGACAUGAUGGACGCCCUCAUCCUCUCGGCGGAGAAGAAGGCAGCCGCCGGGGGUUCGGGCGACGGUCGCGCAGGCCUGGACCUGGAGGAUGUACCUGCCACGGUGACCGACAUCUUCGGCGCCAGCCAGGACACCCUCUCCACCGCCCUGCUGUGGCUGCUCAUUCUCUUCACCAGAUAUCCCGAUGUGCAGGCUCGGGUGCAGGCGGAACUGGACCGGGUGGUGGGAAGGGACCGCCUGCCCUGCAUGGGCGACCAACCCAAUCUUCCGUACGUGAUGGCUUUUCUCUACGAAACCAUGAGGUUCUCCAGCUUCCUGCCUGUUACCAUUCCUCAUGCUACCACCGCCAACACCUUUGUCUUGGGCUACUACAUCCCCAAGAACACGGUGGUUUUUGUUAAUCAGUGGUCAGUGAAUCAUGACCCAGUGAAAUGGUCUAACCCGGAGGACUUUGAUCCAGCCCGCUUCCUGGACGAGGACGGCUCCAUCAACAAGGAUCUGGCCAGCAGCGUGAUGAUUUUCUCGGUGGGCAAACGCCGGUGCAUCGGUGAGGAGCUGGCCAAGAUGCUGCUGUUUCUCUUCAUCUCCGUCCUGGCUCACCAGUGCAAUUUCAAGGCCAACCAAAACGAGCCCUCGAAAAUGAGUUUCAGUUACGGCCUAACCAUUAAACCUAAGUCAUUUAAAAUCCAUGUCUCCCUCCGAGAGUCCAUGGAUCUUCUUGACCGCGCUGUUCAAAAAUUACAAGCUGAGGAAGCUUGCCAGUGAGAAACCAGAAGCAAACAGGAUACCCUGCCUCUCAGUUCUCCAGUUCUCUUGAGUGGGGAGAGAGAAAUUCAGUGUUUUUAUAGGUUCUCUUUGGUGUUACUUCCGUAAGGGGAGUAUAAGCCCAGUGGCCCAGAGGUGAGGCUAACUCCACACUGAAAUGGUUCCUGUGUGUGGGUAGGGGGAGGAGACCCUACAAGAGUUUUUGAAUCAGAGUUAAAGGGUUUAAGCACAUACACACACACACACACACACACACACAUACACACAUAUACACACACAUAUAUACAUACAUACAUAUAUAUGAUUAUACAUAUGCACAACUAUCUAAUGAAGCAGCAUUUCAGUAACUGUGCCUUCUUAGGUGGACCCAAGUCAGAGCUUCUAUGUAUAGAAAUCUACUCCAUAGAAAUAUGCACUUAGCAACUCCAGGAUAUAUUGAAGAUGCCAUGACAAGUUAAUCCAGUGUAAACUGUGAUUGGGGGUAACAAGACAAAAGUAAAAAACCAGAAAUUUCUACAAAAACUCCUGUUUAGUAAAAUAGCUUUACUUGAUUGUUUAUCCCGGGGUAAUUUUUCUUUUUGCUUAUGAAUGUAGCUCUCUAUGAUGAAUCAUAAAAUAAUUUCCUCAAAAAGAAGUUAAUAGUUCAAUUAGUGAUCAUAAAUUCAGAGAUUUAUGAAUUUAAAGGGUUUAACCUUUAAAUCUAUUGCACAACUGCAAAAAAAAAAGAGUUAAAAUUGUGCCUCUUUUGGUUGUUUACAUGCAGUAUUUCAAUUAUAAGGGGGGAAAAUGAUUUUCCAAUCCAGCAAAGUUUUGUUAUGUAACUUUACUGUAGUGAUCUCAGACAUAAGUUUCAUAAGCUUCUAGCCUGUGUCAUCAGAUAGUAUUCUAUACUUACAUAUGUUACAAAUUAACAAGCAGUGCAUUUUAUCAGUAUUAAUCAUUUUGGUCAGGAAGUGAUUGAACAAUCUUGUAUAAUAUUGAGAAUUAAAAGUAUAACCUGGGCAGAAAUGGUGGCACAUACCUUUAAUCCCAGCACUUGGGAGGCAGAGGUAGGAGUACCUUUGUGAGUUCAAAGCCAACCCAGGACUAUAGAGUGAGUUCUAGGCCAGCCUGGGCUAGAAUGAGACCCUAUCUCAGGAAAAAGAAAAGAAAGCAAGAAAGAAAUCAAAAGUAUAACCUGUUCAAUGAAAUGUGGCAUGAUUCCAUUAGAUUAUUCUGAUUAAAUCAACUACCUAUUUUUGGCAUCAUAGAAACCACAUUACAGCAAGGUCUUUUCUCAGUAAAAGUUUGGACAAUGGACAAAGCUCAAGAAUAGAUCAGUAAGACGUGCUCUUAUUUUGUAAUUGUAUUUCCUUGUAAUGUAAUUUUUGAAAUUGAUCCAAACAAUAUGCUAAAGUUCCGAACUCUUGUCAUGCUCAAGUUUUAAUUUAAUAUCUAUCCUGAUUGUUGGAUUCUAACCAAAUUUAAUGAGAAUUUGACCAUUAUCCUGUUUUUAAAAUGCCAUGAAUUAUUAGUUUAUUCUUUUUACUAGGCAACUUGAUGGGAAACUGUCAUUAUACCUAAUUAGUUUCUUCUUUAAAUGAUUUUUAAACAUUGAGUGUUUUUUUUUAAGUUAGAUUCAAAAAUAAGGACCAUUUGUGAUUGUGGAGGUAGUAAGAUCAACUAUCUUAUUCAAGAUUGUGUGAGCAAUUACAUUCAUAACUAGGGGAGAAUAAAACUUUGACAAAAUAUAUGCAUCUGGAUCAUGUACACAACUUGAAAGCCUUCUGAAAGUGAUGGGAGAAUGCAAAAGUAUGAAGAAAAGUUUCAUGUUUUCCUCUUCAUUGUAAUUAAACUCCCAGAAAAAGUUCAGCAAUGUCCAGAGAGCUGUUUUAUUAAGUUUUUUGUAUUCUUUGUAUUGAAAUUCCAGAGGAAGGAUUUUAUGAUGACUUGUGGGUGGUCAGAGGAAAGACAGAACAACUGAGAAGAAAAAAAGAUGUUGAAGCAUUUCCUAAUCAUCCCAAAUUAGUUUACUGAAGAAUGAAAUUUGAAAUAUGAACAGUUAGGAAAAAGAUGUUUGGUAUAGCAGCCUUAAAUUUAAAGUAGCCCUAUUUUGUAGUUUAGAACUAUAUUAAAAAAAAAUUUCAUGUAAUCUUUAUUUAAAAAUUUUAUAAUUGUAGCCCUUGAAUGUGAAAAGCAGUUUGCAUCAGUAUUUUAAAGGCUUUAAAGUCAAUUAUAAUUAUUAGGCUUACCCAAUAAUUUUAAGGUUUUUAGACACUGGCUAUUUCCAAACAUUAUAUGAUUCAGGGUCCCUGUGACCUACUUCCUGGGAGAGGCAUAGUCGCAAAACAUGUCAUGUACCUAUUUGGAUCCCUCAUGAAGUCAGCCAGGUCCACAUGCACCAUAAUCUGUUUUUUAUGAAUGCAGCUACCAUUUUAUCUGAUGUUUGCAGCAAAAGGGAAAGGGAGGUGGGUGCUUUGAGGCUACCUGGUUUAGUCAAUAUGUUUAGAACCUGGUAGUGAAAUCAGAAUAAAACAAAAAGGAACAUAAAUAAUGAAAUUUUGAGGCUACGGUAAUCAGAUUACUUAAUCACAAAGCCUCAUUUUAUUUCUACAAGAAUUAAGACUGUAUUUUAUGAUCGCCAUGAAAGCCAAAAAAAUAUAUGCCAGUUCAAAAUAUUUUAUUGCAGUAAAAGCAUGUUUUUGAGUUAAAUGUAUAAUUCAUAUGUCAGACAGCGGACUGUGUAAUAAAAUUGCCUCAUUUUCCAAAACAAAAAGAGAAGAUGCUUCAGGCAUGUUUUGUGGAUUAUCCAAAAGCUGUCAUGUCCCAGAACUUAGCCUUUACCUGUGAAAUAUUACUACACCCUCAUGUGUUCACACUAGAUCUAUAUUAGAUCAGAUAGUUACACAGGCAUACAUGCUAAUUAGUAUUUUUUAGCUGUGACACGACUGUGUGAUAAACGUAUACUUUAGCAAGAUGAUUAUAACCCAAGAAAAACUUCGUAUUUAACAUUUUACUAUUUUUGUACUUUAUUACCUAUGCUUCUAGUAUGUACAUAACAGCUGCAAUGCAUAGUUGUCUUAGGGACACAGCAUUAGUAUGUAGCUUUUGCUUUCUGAAUAUGAAUUUUUGAAAAAAUUCCUAUCUGUAAUUAUAACAGAACACCAUUAUUAAAAUAAUAAAAAUCACUUUCAUAAUCUUA